AUGUGGGACUCUUUGCCUUGCCUAGAGUUGCUUGGUGAGAUAUGGUAUAAACAGAAGUCCCCUAAGUUCUCAAGUAAAGAGACAUUGCUGGUACCAAAUGAUGACGGGGUGCCGAAGGCAUCGCUCUUGUCGAAUGAUGAUGGGGUGCCGAAGGCAUCGCUCUCGUCUAAUGAUGAUUGGGUGCCAAAGGCAUCGCUCUCAUCGAAGGAUGACGGGGUGCCGAAGGCAUCGCUCUCGUCUAAUGAUGACGGAGUGCCGAAGGCAUCGUGCCGAAUGAUGACGAGGUGCCGAAGGCAUCACUCACGUCGAAUGAUAACGGGGGUGCCGAAGGCAUCGCUCUCGUCGAAUGAUGACGGGGUGCCGAAGGCAUCAUGCUCGCCCAAUGAUAACGGAGUGCCGAAGGCAUCGCUCUGGCCGAAUGAUGACGAUGUGCCGAAGGCAUUGCUUUCGCCGAAUGAUGACGGGGUGCCGAAGGCAUCGCUCUCAUCGAAUGAUGAUGGGGUGCCGAAGGCAUCGCUCGUGCCGAAUGAUGACGGGGUGCCGAAGGCAUCAUGCUCGCCCAAUGAUAACGGAGUGCCGAAGGCAUCGCUCUCGCCGAAUGAUGACGGGGUGCCAAAGGCAUCGCUCGUGCCGAAUGAUGACGAGGUGCCGAAGGCAUCGCUCUCAUCGAAAGAUGACGGGGUACCGAAGGCAUCGCUCUCGUCGAAUGAUGACGGGGUGCCGAAGGCAUCAUGCUCGCCCAAUGAUAACGGAGUGCCGAAUGCAUCGCUCUCGCCGAAUGAUGAUGAGGUGCCGAAGGCAUCGCUUUCGCCGAAUGAUGACGGGGUGCCAAAGGCAUCGCUCUCGUCGAAUGACGAAGCUUGUAGAACAGACUUACCAAUGGUUAUUGCCGAUGGCUAA